AUGCAUUUGGUCAAGUUCAUAAAAACAGACUACGUUUUAUGGAAGAAGAUCAUAAAGUGUACAGUUGCUUAUGAGAUUGCUACUAUUCUCAUUUUGAUACCAAAGGUCGAAGCCAACGUGGGCGUAGUGCCCUAUCUUAUCACUCUCGGCACUUUAUUCUUCAAUGCAAGUGGAACAGCUGGUAAUCAGAUUGUUGAAAUGUUGUUGAAUGUUGCCAUGAUGAUAAUACCAUCCAUUUGGUGUGCUGUCGUUAGCUACCUAUGUACUUUAUACAACAGCCAUAUGAACGGUCUUUAUUCUAAUGGUGCAGGAAUUAUCGCGGCUAUUGCCUUCUUUAUCUCCGUCUUCUUUACUGCCUAUUAUCGGCUAAAAUACCCACGUCUGUUUAUUCCCGGCCUGCAAGGAUUCACCAUUGCUUUCUUUGGACUUACCAAGGGCAUUUAUAAUACGCAGUUUAAUGUCAUGUCUAUCGUCGGUAUUUUCUAUCCGACCCUGAUUGGAGGAGCCAUUGCUCUGCUUGUUAAUUUACUGCUUUGGCCAGAAACAGCAGCUAAAGUAUCCGAAACAUCUUUUGCAAAUGCAUUGGCUUCGAUACAAACAGUUUUGGAAUUUAUAGAAAGGGAUGUACUAAAGGAUAACGAUGAAGUGUUUAGUGAUACGGCUGCUUCCAAACAACUCAGCCAGUUGAUCCAAAAGCUAGAUGCAGACAUCUCAAAGACACAAACUGCAAGAAAGGAGGCGAAGUAUGAAAUUGUCGUGUCGUAUUACCGACCGACGUGGUACAAAUCAUUUGCUACCACCUUGGACAGCCUCUCACGAUAUUUGUAUGGUUUUGCACUGACGAUCGAACGCGAGGGACAGAUUAUACUUCAACAACGUCUGGAUCAACAAAAGGGAGUGCAUAGUCAUGAUGAUGAUAGUGUGGCGAUAGAUAUGGAAGAACUUUUCACGGUCAAUAGUCGGGGUGCGCCAAAUUAUUACACAAAGGGAUCCACAGUAUUAGAAAUAGAAUAUAAACUUAUUUCCAGACUUCAGCACUCUGUUCAACCAAAUGUCCGAAGGUUUAUCAAGAUUUGCAUAUCUGUUAUACAAUGUAUUCAGUAUCGUCUUGAGACAAAUAAGGCUAUACCCAAAAAAAAGCAGGGUUGUGAAAAGUCAGAGGAACAUCUUGAUAUGGCAGAGGCUAUGAGGAGCCUACAGGAAGCAAAGAUUACCUUGGAAAACGAGUACCAACAGCGUAGUGCAGUGCCAGUUGAGGAUCAUUUCAUGAUUUACACAAUCCUAUUUACUCUCACACAGUUUGGAAAUAAGUUGAUUGAAUUAGAAGAACAAGCAAACAACUUGAUUAAAAGAAAGACAGGAAAACGUCCACACAUCUUUUUUCCGCGUGUGCCUUUAAGUAAAUGGCUCGAAGAAGCUGGUGAGAGCGCAAAGGGAGAAAGAACAGCUACAGAACAGGUUCUGUUUGACCAACAACACCUGUUACAAAGAGAAGAAACAAGGAGAAAUCAAGCAUCUUCGUCAAACCAAACGGAAGGAAAUAGAGAAAAGCCAAUAUAUAAGCCAAAUGGGCCCAUAGAGAAUAGGAUGUCUAUAGAAAGCGAUUGGGUUGAUGAUCAAGACAAUGUCCUAAUACCACUUCAGAACACACCAGGAACGCACUUUUGGAGUAGGUAUUUACAAAUAUUAAACAAUUGGCUUCGAACAGAUCCUGUGCGAUUCGCUAUCAAGUUUACAAUCACUAUGGAGCUUUUGGCGUUAAUGGCAUGGCUGCCAAUACAAGGCGCAAAUGACCUUUAUAAUAAUAACCAUGGGCAGUGGGGACUUUUGUCUGCAAUGGUCGUGUUUAACUUUACCGUCGGAUCUACCGCGCUACAAUGCCUUUUCCGUGUCCUUGCAACCAUUGUUGGUGCUGUUGCCGGGUACAUAUGCCUGCUAGCGGGCAAUCGAGAUGAGAAUCCUUAUGUUAUCGCGGUCUUGGUGUUAAUAUUCCAGAUUCCGAUGUGGUACAUGCUGCUAGGAUCAAAGUAUCCCAGAAUUGGCUUUAUCUCACUACUUACCAUGGCCGUUAUCGUCUCUACUGGAUAUAGCAAUAGAUACAACGAAGACUUGUUUGCACCUGUUUGGAAACGCACUAUCACUUCCAUUUUUGCCAUUAUUCUUGUUAUUAUCAUAGAUCAGUUUCUAUGGCCAGUCUGGGCACGCAAGAUGGUUCGCAAGCAUCUAUCUGAUUUACUGAUAGCCACAGGUAUUCAAUAUUCCAAGGUAGCAUCUCUUGUCUGCCAAGAAAAUACGCAAUCACAUCUGUACAAGUCAACUCUUCGUGAUGUACAGUACAAUGCCAAAAUCCUACGCAAGCAACAUCAACUGACUUGUCAAAUGCUUGGGUUAGCGCAGAUGGAGCCAAGGUUGACCAAGGGACCCUUCCCGAUCGGGAUCUACAGAGACAUUCUGGAACACGAGAAGCAUAUUUUGUUUUGGAUCGGCCAUUUACUAGAAACACAAACUUUUAUCAGAACUCAAGUGAGAAAGAGCAUCAUGAACCCGAUGAAUCCUUAUAGACGUGAACUUGCUGCAGCAGUACAUUUAUACCUUUAUACACUCGCAUGUUCUCUACGUACAAAAUCAUCACUUCCUGCUUCACUUCCUUCAGCCGAGAUUGCUAGAAGAUUGUUAAGUAAGCGUCAGAGUAUCUUGUGGCACAAUCAUUAUAGGCUGAAGAGUGAUGAUGAUCAACAGGUAAAAGCAAAUGAAGAAAGUACUGAGGAUCAAGUUUACUGGCAGGCAUAUGCUGCUGGUAUUAUAGAGGUUAUUGCUGAACAGGAGGCAAUGGGGGAGUUAGUUGCAAAGCUAAUGGGUCAACAUGUAUUCAAAGCUGCUACUAAAGACUGGAUUGCCUGA